AUGAGCGGGUCGAAGAAGGCGGGUUAUGCGAGCCCAUCAGGUGCUCGUACCGUGGUAAUCUUUGCCAAGCUCAUGGCUGUGGAAAUCCAUGGUUUCCUGGAUGACGCGCUGCGGAAUUACGCUGCGUGGCAACAGUCAAGAGUCCGGGAUCCUGUGCGUAAAGCCGAGAUCGGCAAAGCUCUCGAUGUGUUGUUGAAACACCACUUCGACUUGGGGCUCCUCUUUGAAGAUCAAACCACUGAUUUCUUGGUCCAAGCCGGCGUGUUGUUAGGCACUGCUCGCCGGUUUUGUUACCGUGACGAUAUUCUCAAUUGUAUGAACAAGAACAAGCGUCCUAGACUGGACCGUGAAGUCGAGAAUCACGAGGUCAGGAUUUGA